AUAGAAAGGAAAGGUAGAUUGCUCAGAAGACUCUCUCUCCUCUCGUUUUCUCUCUCUUAAAGUUACGGUCGCCGACCGGGGACUAAAAGCGAACGUCUCUCCUUCCCAUUUCUUUUUUCAAUUCCGUCGCGAUGAUUUCGUUGAACAGAAGCAGUUUCCUGAACAACAACUCUACGAGUUUAUCUGGCAUUUCUAGAUUCUCUAAUACGCAGAGAAAAGCAUCAGCUGUGGUGGUAGCUGUGAGCUCCAACGGUCGACCAGGCGAGAGAAAGAUUAGGGCUGUGAUGGAGAGCACUCUGAAAGAGACGAGAGAAGGUGCUUCGGUUCUGGAUUUGGACCCCAAAUCCACUGUCGGCGGAGGAGUUGAAGACACCCACGGUGAGGAUACCGCCUCCGAAGAUCAUCCCAUCACCCCUUGGACCUAUUCCGUUGCUAGUGGGUAUACUUUGUUGCGGGAUCCACACCACAACAAAGGGCUUGCCUUCUCUGAGAAAGAGAGAGAUGCUCAUUACUUGCGUGGCCUUCUUCCCCCAGCAGUUGUAUCUCAAGAACUUCAGGAGAGGAAGAUAAUGAAUAAUAUCCGUCAAUAUAAUGUGCCAUUGCAGAGAUACGUUGCCAUGAUGGAUCUUCAGGAGAGGAAUGCAAGGCUGUUCUACAAGCUUCUCAUUGAUCAUGUCGAGGAAUUGCUUCCUGUUGUGUACACACCAACUGUUGGUGAGGCUUGCCAGAAAUAUGGAAGCAUCUUCAGGCGUCCACAGGGUUUAUACGUCAGCUUGAAAGAGAAGGGAAGGAUUCUUGAGGUGUUGAAGAACUGGCCUGAGAAAAGUAUCCAAGUUAUUGUUGUAACUGAUGGUGAGCGGAUUUUGGGGCUAGGGGAUCUUGGAUGCCAGGGGAUGGGAAUUCCGGUCGGCAAACUAGCGCUAUAUACAGCACUUGGAGGUGUACGUCCUUCUUCGUGCUUGCCUGUAACCAUUGAUGUGGGUACAAACAAUGAGCAGUUGUUGAAGGAUGAGUUCUACAUUGGACUCAGGCAGAAGAGGGCAACUGGCCAGGAAUAUGCAGAACUUCUACAUGAAUUCAUGUGUGCAGUUAAGCAGAAUUAUGGGGAGAAAGUCCUCAUACAGUUUGAAGAUUUUGCAAACCACAAUGCCUUUGAGCUGCUUGCAAAAUAUAGGACAACGCAUCUUGUUUUCAAUGACGAUAUACAGGGAACAGCAUCAGUGGUCCUUGCAGGGCUUGUUGCAGCACUGAAGUUAGUUGGAGGAACCUUGGCUGAGCAUACGUUCUUAUUUCUUGGUGCUGGAGAGGCUGGUACUGGUAUUGCUGAACUUAUAGCUCUUGAGAUGUCAAGACAGACAAAAGCUCCAUUGGAAGAGAGUCGUAAAAAAAUUUGGCUUGUGGACUCAAAGGGAUUGAUUGUUAACUCCCGAAAGGAGUCUCUUCAACAGUUCAAAAAACCUUGGGCUCAUGAACAUGAACCUGUUAAGACACUUCUGGAUGCUGUCAACGCAAUCAAGCCAACUGUGUUGAUCGGUUCCUCAGGGGCAGGCCAAACAUUUACAAAGGAGGUGGUUGAGGCUAUGGCUUCCUUCAAUGAGAAACCAGUUGUUCUUGCUCUCUCAAAUCCGACCUCACAGUCUGAGUGCACAGCUGAACAAGCAUACACAUGGAGUAAGGGCCGUGCAAUUUUUGCCAGUGGGAGUCCAUUUGACCCUGUUGAAUAUGAUGGGAAGGUUUUUGUACCUGGCCAGGCAAACAAUGCAUACAUUUUCCCUGGACUUGGUUUGGGUUUGAUAAUUUCCGGUGCAAUCCGUGUGCAUGAUGACAUGCUUUUGGCAGCCUCGGAAGCAUUAGCUGCACAGGUGACACAGGAGAAUUUCAACAAAGGCCUUAUCUAUCCUCCAUUUUCUAAUAUCAGAAAGAUAUCUGCUCAUAUUGCUGCUAGUGUAGCUGCUAAAGCAUAUGAAUUAGGUUUGGCAACCCGUCUCCCUCAACCAGAAAAUCUGGUUGAGUAUGCGGAGAGCUGCAUGUACAGUCCUGCCUACAGAAACUACCGGUGAAUUGGUGGAAGCAUCACGUCAUGUCACUGCAGUUUUUGUAUUUUCAUUUGUUCUCAACAUAUUUAUCUUUAUA